CCCCUCCCCACUCCCAGCUUAAAAAGGUUGAAUACCAGGCCGGGCUCCUCUUAAUGCUCUGACACACGUACACGAUCAGUUCCCUCUCCGGCGCCACCAAAGUUCAUCUUCCCACAAAGGGGAAGGAUAGAGUUCACGCUAUAUUAGUGUUUUGACUCUGGUGUUGUUUAUUUAUCAGACCAUCGUCAGACUGAGGCUCGUAAAAUUUCAAGCAACUGAUCGAGUUAUUAAGAGCUGAUAAGUGUUUAAAAUGGAACAGAUAGCUAAUGGACUGCACAUGUCGGAUACAGUUGAUGCAAGCAGCCAGAAUUUGCGGUCGAAUCUGCGGUUAGGCCUAGAUACUGAAUGUGACGAAGUAGCUGGAGAAGAGCGGUCUGAAGGUACAAGUCCAUCAACAUUUUCUCCAUCCCGCAAAGGAACCUUUCUCAAAAAACAACAUACCCUAAAGGACCAAGAGUAUGCAGAGAUUGCACGCCAAGUGUUUGAGAACAGCCGUGUGGAGGAAUCAAGAUGCGCAAACUAUGAAUUCCCGGAAGAAAUUCCAAUCGAAAAUCAACAGGAGAUUAAGACAGCUGUGCAGCGCCACCUUAAUUAUGCGAGUGCUACAGUGAAAGCAUCGCGGGUCUUCUGUACUUGCUCACGUGAAACUAUGAUUAAGAAUGAUAAAAGCAGUGAUCAUUUUUUGACUUCUUGCUGUUGUUUUAUCCCUCAUCUACCAAGACGUCCAAGAAAAAGAACACGCUCUCAUACCGUGGAUGCGGAUUCAGAGGACGCUGCACUGCCCGUACCGGAACCGGCUCAACUCACGCGAAGUGAUGAGAACAUGCAGAUUCACAAACAGAUAGAUAUGGAUUUCCAACGUGUCUCAAUAAGUGGUGAAGAUACUAGUGGGGUGCCAGUCGAUGACCUUAGAGAUGCCUCUAGUCUCCUGGUCCAAGCUUUACUGAUUCGUGAGAAGUACAUGAAGCUGAAUUUGCAAUCAUUUCCAAAAACUACUAAACGAUUCUUACGCACUGUAGAUGAUGAACCGUUAGACGAGGAGGACACUACAAGCCAUGAUGAUGAAGUGGUUUACGUAUGCUUUCCCUUGUCACCACGCCGAAAAGAUCACCCAAUCCAUCCACCCGCUACCAAGGGGAAUCCAUUUCAGAACCCGAUCUUGUCCGAAAUCUGCUGCGAACUGAAGAUGGUAGAGGGAGUUGUCCAAGUGUUUGAGUCUGCGAGUUGUUCAGAACAACAAGAAGUUAUCAACCUUCCGCAACCAGAUCGUGAAUCUUUCUUGGCGGAUAUGAACAUCUUGAUGGCCCUUAUUGCUAAUGGACCAAUUAAAUCAUUUGCAUAUCGACGUCUAUCCUACCUGUCCUCGCGUUUCCAGUUACAUAGUCUGCUGAAUGAGAUGAAGGAGCUGGCUGCACAGAAGACUGUACCACAUCGUGACUUCUACAAUAUUCGCAAGGUUGAUACCCACGUGCACGCUGCAUCAUGCAUGAACCAGAAACAUCUGCUUCGAUUCAUCAAGAAAAUGAUCAAACAGGACUCUGAAAAGUUUGUCUAUUUUGAUAAAAAGGAAAAGAGGAUGAUGACAUUGAAAGAGGUGUUUGAUAGUCUGGGUCUCACUGCCUAUGAUAUCAACAUUGACACCCUUGAUGUCCAUGCUGAUCGCAAUACAUUUCAUCGCUUUGAUAAGUUCAACUCCAAGUACAAUCCUGUAGGGGAGAGUAAAUUACGUGAGAUCUUCAUCAAGACGGAUAAUUAUAUGAAUGGAGAGUACUUCGCCCGAAUUAUCAAAGAAGUAGGAGCAGAUUUAGAAGAGUCUAAAUAUCAGAAUGCUGAAUACCGAUUAUCUAUCUACGGAAGGAACUCAGAUGAAUGGGAUCAGCUAGCAAAAUGGGCUGUCAGUCAUCAAGUGUACUCGGACAAUAUUCGCUGGCUCGUCCAGAUCCCUCGACUCUUUGACAUCUACCGCUCUAACGGAAUACUAAGUAACUUUGGAGAGAUGUUGACUAACAUUUUUAUGCCACUGUUUGAAGUCACCAAGGACCCAAGUUCACACCCUGAACUACAUCAGUUUCUUCAGUUUUUGACUGGUUUUGAUAGUGUUGAUGAUGAAUCCAAACCAGAAGACAUAGUGUUCACAAUGGACAGCCCAACGCCAGAGAAGUGGGAAGCUACUGAGAAUCCACCCUAUGCAUAUUACCUGUAUUACAUGUACUCAAAUCUAGUGGUUUUAAACCACUUCAGGCAAGAAAGAGGUCUCAACACAUUUGUACUUCGACCUCAUUGUGGUGAAGCCGGGCCAGUGCACCACCUUGUGUCAGGGUUCAUGCUUGCUGAGAACAUAUCUCAUGGCUUGCUACUUAGAAAGGCACCUGUGUUACAAUACCUUUACUACUUAGCUCAAGUUGGAAUUGCCAUGUCACCACUUAGCAACAACUCACUGUUCUUGAACUACCAUCGUAACCCUCUUCCUGAGUUUCUGGCACGUGGUCUGGUCGUGUCACUCUCGACCGACGAUCCUUUACAGUUCCACUUUACUAAGGUAAGUUAGAAUGUAGAUCAAAAUUUUCUUUCUCAAUGGCAGCCUUGCUUUCACUAAUUCUACCACCACCAUAUGCUUCCAAACAAUAUAGAUCAUCCAAAUAAUUUACGGUAACACAAAAAUUCCAGUCAAUACCUGUCAGAGACAAAACAGUAUUUAAUGUCUGCCAACAUUGAAUG